AAAACAAUAGGGAAAACAGUUUUUCUUAUUAGUUGUUUGUUUGUGGUUCUUUUUUUAAAAUUUUCUUAUGUGUAAUACAAAUGUCUCGGUGCUUAAUUAUUUUAUUCUCUCGCUUUGUGAUUGAUUCUACCCAGGGUUUUGCAUCUGUUCCAUGUUCUCUCACCUGAGAGCACUUCUGAGUUCUAGAUCUUAUUAAUUCAGCUUGAUCACUUGUUAAAGGGCUUCUUUCUUUCCUUCUCUUUGCUUGAUUCUUCGCUCAAAUUGAAUCUAAUUCUCUCUUCUUAUCCGCUUUCCUCUCUCUUUCUUUUAUCUCUCAUAGCGAGCACUUUAGGUUAUAGAAGAUCAGCCCUUAGCUAGAGUUUCUUGUUGAACCAUCUGUGGGUCUGACCUCUUGAUCUCAAAAUUCUCAAAGAAGCCAAGAGGACAAUUGAGAGAAACCAAUCUUCAUCACCUGUUACAAGACGAGCAAUUUAAUUGUUUGGUCAUUUUAUUUUCCACUUUCUGUUGCCUCAAUUUGCAGCUCUGGCUAAUCCGUGGUGGACCGGGCAAGUGGGGUUGCCGGGCAUGGACCCGGCGGCAAAUUCUUCUAUGCUAAACAAACGCCACAGAGAUCAGAUUUCCAUGAACGACAGCAACGACAGAAGUAACGGCAAAAGAGAAGAUGAAGACGAAGAUAGAGACGACGUAGACGAGCCUAAAGAGGGUGCGGUUGAGGUUGGCCCUCGUAGACCAAGAGGACGGCCUCCUGGGUCUAAAAACAAACCGAAACCACCCAUCUUUGUGACUCGAGACAGCCCAAACGUGCUCAAGAGCCAUGUCAUGGAGGUGGCUGGUAAUGCUGACAUAGCAGAAAGCAUAGCCCAAUUCGCUAGGAGGCGUCAACGAGGGGUUUGUGUGCUUAGCGGGAGUGGCUCCGUGGCUAACGUCACCCUGAGACAACCUGCGGCACCUGGCGCUAUGGUAGCACUUCAAGGCAGGUUUGAGAUCCUGUCUCUGACCGGGGCCUUCCUUCCCGGACCAUCCCCUCCGGGCUCGACCGGGCUCACUGUGUAUUUAGCCGGAGGUCAAGGGCAGAUAGUGGGAGGAAGUGUGGUUGGCUCAUUGGUUGCGGCAGGGCCAGUCAUGGUCAUUGCCGCAACCUUUUCUAAUGCAACCUAUGAGAGAUUGCCUCUUGAUCAUCAGGAUGAAGAUGAGGCUGCAGGCAACGCAGUGCGUCAGGGAACUGCAGCUGGAGGCUCCCCACCCGCAAUUGGGAGUAGCGGAAGCGGGGCGGGACAGCUGCACCAUGCCUCUGGGCUGCAGCCUGCAGAUCCCAGCUCAUCGCUGCCUGUUUAUCAUUUGACACCAAAUCUACUCCCCAACAGCGCGCAGAUGGGGCACGAUGCUUAUGCCUGGGCUCACGCACGGCCUCCUUACUAAAAACUGCAGUAGUUUCUAUCAAUCUUCAAAUCUGUUGUAUUUGGAUGUUAGAAAAUGGAGAUAGCUAGAAAAUAUGUGAAGAAAAUAAACCACACGGUGUUGAUCUCAAUGUAAAUUAGGCUUCUUAUAUAAUUUGUCUAGUACCCUGGAUCCUCUCUCUGUUUGCAAUAAAAAGAUGUUCAGUA